CCUCAAAUCCGCAUGCAUUUGCGUGAACCUGAGCGCUCGCCUCUCUCUGCCUUCGCCCCCUCUGCCCUUUCACCCCUACUUAGCGCACCUGGCGCUCGCCGCACCCAGAGCGGCCACCUGAGCCUGGGUGUGGGGCAGAGCAGCCGGGAGCUUCCAAGCCGGGGAAGGCGCGUUAGAUGAGGGGCUUUUUGUCUUUGUUUUCCCAUUGAGGAAGCAGAAAGUCCCUUUCAAAUCAUUCUAGACCGCCAAGUAAAACUGUGAAAACUAUACUCUUUUCCUUCCCUUCAACCCAUUACUAUCAAAAAGAAUAAAUACCCUCCCCCCUCAAUACUCGUUGAUUAGGAGCCAGAGCAGCUGCAGCAUAGGUGGGCCUGAAGGGCAAGUUCAGGACAUUCCCGGAGCCCAAUUGGGAAAUCAGUCUAGGAGGAAGGGCAUUUUCAUUCAUUUAUGCUUCCAGCAAACAUUUGUUUGUCUGCACGGGCCCUACGCUGGGGAUACCAGUGAGUAAAGCUCUGGUGGUGCUGCAUGCUAGUGGGGGAGGUGACAGCAAACAAACUCCAGGUGAUAGUGGGUGCCUUUGAAGAAAAGUCCGGCCCGUGAGGGGGAUGGAGAUUGGCAGAGGGAAGAAGUUACUCCUUCCGAGACUCCUCAGGGAAGGUCUCUGAUAGAGUGGUGUUAAGUACAGACCUGAAUGGAGUGAGUGAGGGAAUGAACAAUAACAUGGGGGAGAAUGUUCCAGGCAGAAGGAACAGCCAUUGCAGAAGCCCUGAGGUGGCAGGGAGCAUGCUUGUGCGGCAACAGCAAGGAGGCCAGUGCGGCUGGAGUGGAGAGAGAGGGAGCAGGGGCCAGUGCCAACAGGGGCAGCUUUAGGGCUGUCUUCCUAGGAACUUCCCUCAUUUACAACUUGGAUUUGAGCCCAGAGUGGGAUUAAGGGGCAGGCCAGCUGGGCAAGCAGCCUGGGUCUAAAAGGGCGCUAAGUUAUCCUUAGGGUAAUUCAGACGUUUGGAGCCAAUGAACUCGGACUUCUGUCUCUUGGUGAACUGUAAGUUGGCUCCCCUCCACUGACAGAAUCCUUGACGACUGCUCACCUAGACCACCUAUCUCUAGAAUAAUUCUGCAACACGCAGGUACAGGUACAAGUUGCAGGGUUAGACCAGCCAGCUGAUAGUUGCCUAAAGGCAGCGGUCACAGCUGGAAUUCUGAAAAUGUGCUACACGAUGUGAAGUGCCACUCCCUGAGAUUUAUGCCAUUGUCUACAUUCAGAAUGGUUUGAUAUGCCUACCAAGAAACUGUCUGCUUCAGAAAACUGCAUGUAAUGAAUUCAUGCAUUAAGCUCUAAUUUUGAAGAGAAAGAAUGAGGCUUCCAGUUUUUAUUCCGAGAAAAUCGGUAUUCCCCCACUUCUGCUACAUAAACAUUCAACAGAUAUUUAAAUAAUGCUGGUUUGAGGGGGUGCCAACUCAUUGGCUUGCCCAGGGUGCCAGGACUUGCUCUGGUCCACUUGGCCGGCUCUUACCUGGCAACGCACACAUCACGUGAACCACCUGGGGACCUGAGAUGUGAGUGGGCUUGCUUAGUGUUUGGAUGUGUGCGUGGCUAUAACCCCACAACUGGCCUUCCUUGGCAUGCAUUGGCUUACAUAGGGGCUGAAAUGGCACUGAGGCUCUUGAGAUGGGACCACAGAGUUCCAACGCCCUAACCAUGGAUCCUGUGCCCUCCACAGGGCCAAGGAUAGUAUGUGAGUGGGAGAUGAGUAGGGAAUAGAAUGAGCAGGGAAGGGGAGUUGUAAAGGGCAUCAGGAGAGCACCGUAGGUCCUAGGUCGCUGGAAGAACUCAAGAGCUCGGUAAAUGCAGGACAACCAGGAAGUUCAGGGGCUGAGGGGAGGAGGAGCUGAGUGGAGAAGGUGCCUGGAGGCGGGCAGGCCUUGAGGUCCUCUGGGUCUGAACAGGCUGUCCCAGCUGCAACCCGUUCCCUGGCCCCUCCCUGCUGCCGGCCAGAGUCACACAUGUGUUUUCCUGUUUUCCAUAUCGGUCCCCGGAGUCACACUCUGCCUUUUCUGCUCCUCAGAGCCAACAGCUGCUGGAGCUCGAGCCUUACCCCGGGUUCCCUUUCCCAGCACCUGCCCCUCCUCCCGAGCACUGGUAGCCCCUCCUCCUCGCACCUGCCCAAAGAUCUCAGGACAGAGGGCAAUGCCAGGAAGCUGGUGAAGGCUUUCUUCUCCUCCUCCACCAUGGUCAACGGCGUUAAGUAUGAAGUGGCCUCCCAGCAUGAGAGGGACGCCUCUCCUUUGGCCGAUGAAGCCAGCCCCAGGUCGGAGCAGGUAAAACUGAAGAAGGAGAUCUCGCUGCUGAGCGGCGUGUGCCUGAUUGUGGGGAACAUGAUUGGCUCAGGCAUCUUUGUCUCCCCCAAAGGCGUGCUCAUAUACAGCGCCUCCUUUGGCCUCUCCCUGGUCAUCUGGGCUGUCGGGGGCCUCUUCUCCGUCUUUGGGGCCCUUUGUUAUGCGGAAUUGGGCACCACCAUUAAGAAAUCUGGGGCCAGCUACGCCUACAUCCUCGAGGCCUUCGGGGGAUUCCUUGCCUUCAUCCGACUCUGGACCUCCCUCCUCCUCAUCGAGCCCACCAGCCAGGCCAUCAUUGCCAUCACCUUUGCCAACUACAUGGUGCAGCCCAUCUUCCCGAACUGCUUAGCCCCCUAUGCUGCUGGCCGCCUGCUGGCUGCUGCCUGCAUCUGUCUCUUAACCUUCAUUAACUGUGCCUAUGUCAAGUGGGGAACCCUGGUACAAGAUGUUUUCACCUACGCAAAAGUAUUGGCGCUGAUCGCCGUCAUCAUCGCAGGCGUUGUUAGACUUGGCCAGGGAGCCUCGACUCACUUUGAAAAUUCCUUUGAGGGUUCAUCAUUUUCAAUGGGCAACAUUGCUCUGGCACUGUACUCGGCUCUGUUCUCCUACUCGGGCUGGGAUACCCUCAAUUAUGUCACCGAAGAGAUCAAGAAUCCUGAGAGGAAUCUGCCCCUCUCCAUUGGCAUUUCCAUGCCCAUUGUCACCAUCAUCUACAUCUUAACCAAUGUGGCCUAUUACACGGUGCUCGACAUGCGAGACAUCCUGGCCAGCGAUGCUGUUGCCGUGACAUUUGCAGACCAGAUUUUUGGAGUGUUCAACUGGACCAUUCCAGUGGCGGUUGCGUUAUCCUGCUUUGGUGGCCUCAAUGCCUCCAUCGUGGCUGCGUCUAGGCUUUUCUUUGUGGGCUCAAGAGAAGGCCAUCUCCCUGACACCAUCUGCAUGAUUCACAUUGAGCGGUUCACACCAGUGCCGGCUCUGCUCUUCAAUGGUCUCAUGGCGCUGAUCUACUUGUGUGUGGAGGACAUCUUCCAGCUCAUUAACUACUACAGCUUCAGCUACUGGUUCUUCGUGGGGCUCUCUAUCGUGGGUCAGCUUUACCUGCGCUGGAAGGAGCCUGACAGGCCUCGUCCUCUCAAGCUCAGCCUUUUCUUCCCCGUUGUCUUCUGCUUCUGCACCAUCUUCCUGGUGGCUGUUCCACUCUACAGUGAUACCAUCAACUCCCUCAUCGGCAUUGGCAUUGCCCUCUCAGGCUUGCCCUUUUACUUCUUCAUCGUCAGAGUGCCAGAACACAAACGACCUCUUUGCCUCCGCAGGAUUGUGGCAUCUGCCACGUGGUAUCUCCAGGUCCUAUGUAUGUCAGUUGCUGCAGAGAUGGAUUUGGAAGAUGGAGAGAUGCCCAAGCAACAAGAUCCCAAGUCUAACUAAACACCACAAGAAAUCCUGAGAUGUGGGAAGCAGGGGCCUCAUCUCCUACUGGCUGGAGCCAAGGAAGCUGAAAAACUCACUUCUUUGGAGGCGUCUGUCCAGAAGCCUCUUAGGCAGCUUCAACAACCUCUGAACUUGCUUUCUGAGAGAUGGAGAGUAAUUUAUUUGUUUUGCUACAUGUUGUUCCGUAUUUCUUUUAAAGGGACAAUAAAAAGCAGACUGCGAUGGGGAGCAUGCCAGGUGUGGGCUUGGAGGUUCCAGUGGCACGUUCCCAUGUGUUAAGGCGUCCACUCACCUCCAGUGUGCCUGCCCACUCCUCUUUCCCACUGAAAGACCCAAUAAUGCUCCAAACUUCCCGUCUCCUUUAGAGACGUGAAACUAUCAAAGGUGCUAGACAAUAAAAGGGUAUGUUCCUGA